UAAUACCUUGACGUACACGUUAGUGGAUUGACUGUAGAAUGAAGAUUGAAGAAAGGCGUAUGCACUCUAUGCAUUUUGGAGACGCACCGCCACCGAGCACCGAGCACCGUGCACAUGGGGAGACCCGGCUGUUGAAUUUCCGCACCCUUUCUUUAAUUCAAUCCUGCAUGUGAAAGAGUAACCUCGUAAUAACCCCGAUGAGCAAGUUGAAGCGGCCGGAGAGUGGGUACCAAGAGCCAAUCGUAUACCAGGAUCGAUCAUAUUCAUUAAUGAAAAGAUCAGUAUAUAAGUAGUGCAGUGGCAUCAUCGUCCGGGCCACAGAGUGAGAGUAUCCAACUGACGAAACGAAGAAAAUGGGGAAGUUUAGUUUUGUAGUAGUAGUAGUAGCUCUGGUGCUCUCUGUGUCUGAAUGCCAGGCUCAGCAGGAUUCUUCGUGUAUAAACGAGAUUUCUCCGUGUCUGGCUUUUAUCAGUGAGACAAAACCGCCGAGUAGUUGCUGUGAUCCUUUGAAAUCGGUGAUCAAGUCCAAGCCGCAGUGCCUCUGCGAUCUUAUAGCCGCCAACGCCGCUAAUGCAACUCAACCGAGGAUCAAUGUCGCCCAGGCGCAGAAAUUACCAGCUAAAUGUGGAACCAGUUUCAACGCAAGCUCUUGCCUUGCAGGCUCACCAAGUGUAAACAAUACUGCAAAUGGAGGAACAUCAAGUGUAAACAACACUGCAAAUGGAACAGCAACAAGUUCUUCAAGUCAGUUCUCUCCUGUGAGCAUUAUUGUAUUGGCUACGGCAUUAUCAGUGACUGUUCAAUUAGCAUCAAACAGUAUUUGACCUUAAGUCGCAUCUAUUACAUUCCUUGAUUUCAACGGAGAUACCAUGAGCUUACUUGUUUACCAUUUUUGUAUUGUAUCUCUUCUUUUUGAAUUUCAUUUUGUUUGAGCUCAGGUGUAUUCUUUCACUGCGGAAUAAAACAUCUUUUUAGUUUCAUUAUCAUCA